GGGGCGUGUUUAUGUAGAGUCUAUCCUACACACACCUGUGAUUAAUAUUGAUAUAACACUGUUAUAAUUGAUAAUGAUAUAAUUUAUACUGUAAUUAAUUAAUAUUCAUAUAACACCCGUUAUACCAGAAAACUACCGCUAGAGGGAGCCCGCAAGGCUGCUGCCAGUUUCGCGUCUAAUAUACAGAGGAGGAAAACUAAGGAUCCCAAGGAAAGAAAGCAGUGUUUGUCUUCUUUAGCAAGAUGGAAAGCUCCAAAGAAGCUGCUCUCUUGGCCCUGAUGGAGAAAACAGGUUACAGUAUGGUUCAAGAAAACGGCCAACGAAAAUUUGGUGGUCCACCACCAGGCUGGGAAGGCCUCCCUCCUCCCAGAGGCUGUGAGGUUUUUGUGGGGAAAAUUCCCCGGGACAUUUAUGAAGACGAGCUGGUGCCUUUGUUUGAGCGUGCAGGCCGUAUCUAUGAAUUUCGUUUGAUGAUGGAGUUUAGCGGGGAGAAUCGUGGCUAUGCCUUUGUCAGGUACACAACCCAAGAAGCUGCACAGCGAGCCAUAAAUCUUCUCGACAACUAUGAGAUCCAUCCUGGCAAGUUUAUCGGAGUGUGUGUGAGCCUGGACAACUCUCGACUCUUUAUUGGAUCCCUCCCAAAAGACAAGACGAAGGAGGAGAUACAGGAAGAAAUGAUGAAGGUGACAGAUGGAGUAGUGGACGUUAUAGUGUAUCCCAGCACCACAGACAAGAGUAAGAACCGUGGUUUUGCCUUUGUGGAGUAUGAAUCGCACAAAGCUGCUGCCAUGGCCCGCAGGAAACUCAUACCAGAAACGUUCCAGCUGUGGGGCCACACUCUUCAGGUUCACUGGGCAGAACCGGAGAAGGAUGUAGACGAGGAGACGAUGCAGCGAGUGCGGGUUCUGUAUGUUCGCAAUCUUAUGUUGCACACGACGGAGGAAACUCUUCGCCUCGAGUUCUCUCGGCAGAAGCCUGGCUCUGUGGAGCGUGUUAAGAAGCUGACGGAUUACGCCUUCAUCCACUUCCACAGUCGGGAGGAUGCACUUGCUGCACAGGAGUCGAUGAAUGGCAAACUUAUUGAUGGCUCGCCCAUCGAAGUCAGUCUCGCUAAGCCAGUCGGCAAAGACAAAGACGGCAAUCGACGGUUUGGAACGCGGGCCGGCCAUAACGGAACUACUGUGGGAGUUUACCGUAACUCCAGCUUCGUUUUACGGAGCGGUGAGGAUUCUGGGAUUGGUUUGGCCACAGGGGCAGCGGUUAUAAGAGAUGGGUUAUGUCCUCGUCCUCUGAGCCUGCCUCCUCAUAUGGGCAAUCCAUACGCUGUGGACAUAGAGCGAUGCGUGUACCCGUUACUGCCAGGCUCCAGUCUGAUACCAGGCAACCUGCAGAGUCUCAAACCCAACCAGCUGAGCUCUGCUGUAUCACUGCUGGAAUAUAUCUGCCACAAGAAUGGCUGGUCCCUGCCGGAGUAUUACCUUUACUCCACAAUGGGGCAUGAUGGGAAAACACUGCUCGUCUAUGAAGUAGUCAUUAACAGCACCAGAAGCAGCUACAUGCCUGAUAAAGUUUGUGCCGUUCUGGAGGAUGCCAAAGAGCUUGCUGCUCAGAAUGUACUUCAGAACCUGCGUUAGUGUGUUUGUUUUCGUGCUUUCAGAGUUUUAAUUUCCGUUGUGUUCCAUUUUUAUUUGUUCAAAACGUUGUUAA